CAUCACCCCAACUGGGACCUGGAAGUGGCCCAAUUGGCAGGACGUCCCAUCCUGUCCACUCCUGGGGCUGGCAGGGGAAGGCCGGCAACACCAAUCGCACUCUGCCGCUGCAGGGACCCUGACGCGGCUGACGGAGGAGAGCUGGUCCUGGGGGGCUCAGACCCGGCCCACUACAUCCCGCCCCUCACCUUUGUGCCUGUCACGAUCCCGGCCUACUGGCAGAUUCACAUGGAGCGUGUGGAGGUGGCCACAGGGCUAACUCUCUGUGCCCACGGCUGUGCUGCCAUCCUGGACACAGGCACGUCCCAAAUCACCGGACCCGCUGAGGAGAUCCAGGCUCUGCAAACAGCCAUUGGGGGUAUUCCCCUGCUGGCUGGGGAGCACCUCGUUCGCUGCUCCGACAUUCCCAAGCUGCCCUCGGUCUCCUUCCUCCUUGGCGGGGUCUGGUUUAACCUCACCGCCCAGGACUACGUCAUCCAGGUUGCUCGGGCUGGCGUCCACCUCUGUCUGUCCGGCUUCCAGGCCUUGGAUAUGCCUCCGCCUGUAGGGCCCCUGUGGAUCCUUGGCGACGUCUUCUUGGGGACCUACGUGACGGUCUUCGAUCGCGGAGACACUAACAGUGGUGCCCGAGUGGGCCUGGCGCGCGCUAGACCUCGUGGGGCCGGGGGGCGAGGGGGCGGGCGCGCGCAGGCGCAGUCCUCCGGCUGACGCCCCGGUUGGGUGCAUGCGCAGUGGGUGGUAGCGGUGGUCCCAAUACCCAGUAAAAAUCUGUAUCUUUUGAGCGAAGGUACCUGGGCCGCGCCUUGCAAAUGCAUGCUUCUGUAGAGAA